GCGUGCGCAGUGCGUUGCGCAGGGCGGGCUCGUUGACGGGCGGCUCCGCCCCGCUGCCGCUACUAUGGCUGCGGCCGGCCGGGUGCGGGGCGUCGGUGCGCCGCCUGAGCGCGGCGGCUCUUAGCGCUCCCCGCGUUCUCGUUUCCGCCGUCGCGGGGCGGGAGAGCCGGGGAGGGAAGAGGACGGGACCGCUCCCUGCGGGAGAGCCGCGGCCAUGGACGAGCAGAGCGUGGAGAGCAUCGCCGAGGUGUUCCGAUGCUUUAUUUGCAUGGAGAAGCUGCGCGAUGCGCGGCUCUGCCCUCACUGCUCCAAGCUGUGCUGCUUCAGCUGCAUUCGGCGUUGGCUGACAGAACAAAGAGCUCAGUGCCCUCAUUGUAGAGCCCCACUGCAGCUCCGAGAGCUCGUCAACUGUCGCUGGGCAGAGGAGGUCACACAGCAGCUCGAUACGCUUCAGCUGUGCAGUCUCACAAAGCAUGAAGAAAAUGAGAAAGACAAGUGUGAAAAUCAUCACGAAAAGCUCAGUGUGUUCUGUUGGACCUGUAAGAAGUGCAUCUGCCACCAGUGUGCUCUCUGGGGAGGAAUGCAUGGAGGACAUACUUUUAAGCCAUUGGCAGAAAUAUAUGAACAACACGUCACAAAAGUGAAUGAAGAAGUGGCAAAGCUUAGGAGGAGACUCAUGGAACUGAUCAGUUUAGUGCAAGAAGUGGAGAGGAAUGUGGAGGCAGUGCGUAGUGCAAAGGAUGAAAGAGUUCGGGAGAUCAGGAAUGCAGUGGAGAUGAUGAUUGCCCGGCUGGACACUCAGCUGAAGAAUAAGCUUAUAACACUGAUGGGUCAAAAGACAUCUCUUACCCAAGAAACUGAGCUUCUGGAAUCCCUGCUUCAAGAAGUGGAACAUCAGUUACGGUCAUGCAGUAAGAGUGAGCUGAUAUCCAAAAGUUCAGAGAUCCUGAUGAUGUUCCAGCAGGUUCACCGGAAGCCUAUGGCCUCGUUUGUUACUACUCCUGUUCCUCCUGACUUCACAAGUGAAUUGGUUCCAGCCUAUGACUCAACUACUUUUGUAUUGGAAAACUUUAGUACAUUGCGUCAGCGAGCAGAUCCUGUUUACAGCCCACCUCUUCAAGUGUCAGGACUUUGUUGGAGGUUAAAAGUUUACCCAGAUGGAAAUGGAGUCGUACGGGGCUACUACCUGUCUGUGUUCUUGGAGCUGUCAGCUGGCUUGCCAGAGACAUCCAAGUAUGAGUACCGUGUAGAAAUGGUUCACCAGUCCACCAACGAUCCCACUAAAAACAUAAUUAGAGAGUUUGCCUCUGAUUUUGAAGUUGGAGAAUGCUGGGGUUACAACAGAUUCUUUCGUCUAGACUUGUUAGCCAACGAAGGCUAUUUGAACAGACAAAAUGACACUGUGAUCCUAAGGUUUCAGGUGCGCUCACCAACCUUUUUCCAGAAGUGUCGAGAUCAACACUGGUAUAUUGCUCAGUUGGAAGCUGCUCAGACAAGUUAUAUCCAACAAAUAAAUAAUCUCAAAGAAAGGCUCGCUAUUGAGCUUUCCCGGACUCAGAAGUCACGAGGCAUUUCACCUCCAGACACUCACCUCAGUCCCCAGAAUGAUGAUGGACAAGAAACAAGAUCAAAAAAGUCUGGACCAAGCACUGAAGCACUGCUUGAGAGUGUUGCUGCUCCGGGGUUGGUGCGAGAUAACAAGGAAGAGGAUGAAGAGAAGAUACAGCAUGAAGACUUCAGUCAUGAACUCUCUGAUGGUGAUUUGGAUGUGGACCUUGCUGGAGAAGAUGAGGUGAACCACCUUGAUGGCAGCAGCUCUUCAGCUAGUUCAACAGCAACCAGCAACACUGAAGAGAAUGAUAUCGAUGAAGAAACUAUGUCUGGAGAAAAUGAUGUGGAAUAUAGUAAUAAUAUGGAGUUGGAAGAAGGAGAUCUCAUGGAAGAUGCAGCAGCUGCUGCUGCUCCUGGGGCAUCAGGUACCAGCCAUGGCUACACCAGUGCAAGUGGAAGACCUUCAAGGCGAGGAGGAAGUGCCCUGGGCUCAGCAGCUAGCAGCAGUUUACUAGAUAUUGAUCCCUUGAUUUUAAUCCACCUGUUGGAUCUGAAAGACAGAAAUGGUAUGGAGAACCUCUGGGGCCUCCAGCCACGUCCACCUGCCUCUCUUCUACAGAACAGAGCAUCAUCAUACUCUCUAAAAGAUCGAGACCUGCGGAGGCACCAGGCCAUGUGGCGCGUGCCGCCUGACUUGAAGAUGCUGAAGAGACUUAAAACUCAGAUGGCUGAAGUACGAAGCAAAAUGUCUGAUGUAAAAAACCAACUAUCAGAAGUAAGGAGCAGCAAUGCUGGCUCGUGUGAUGGGCAGCCCAACUUCUUCUCCAUCGAGCAAGGUGCUUUAGCUGCCUGCGGAACAGACGGCUGCAGCAAGCUGCAAGAAAUAGGAAUGGAACUACUGACCAAGUCUUCAGUGACCAGUUGUUACAUCAGGAAUUCUGUGAGUAAGAAGAGUAAUUCACCCAAACCUAUUCGCUCCGGAGCAGCAGGGAGUCUGUCUCUCCGAAGAGCUAUGGACUGUGGGGAUAGUAAUCUUCGGUUAAAGGGAGAUGGGCAAACUUGUGAAGGUGGAGUAGGCAGUUCAAAGUCAAGCAGUCGGCAUCACUGCCCCAGGCCCCUGGUUAGCAGUAAUGCUUCUGAGGCACUGCCUAAGCCAGAGGAAAGGCCUUGUGAAGGGUCAGAUUCUGAUGUGGGAGUUUCUGGCUUAAAUGGUUUAGCUGCUGUGGAGAAGACCAGAAAAUCUGGUGCUCUAGGGUCAAAUUCUAAAGGAUAUCGCACAGAGGGGACGCAGUCAGGAGGUUUGGAAGACAGCUCUGAAACUGGUGAUCUGCAGGGUGUGCUUCCUGAGGGUGCUUCAGCAGGACCAGAAGAAGGUGGAUCAUGUCAGAAGCAUGUCCUUCAUCUCCUGCCAGGAAUGAGCAGUGACAGUGACAUUGAAUGUGACACAGAAAAUGAAGAGCAGGAGGAUGCUAACUCCACAUCGGAGGGGUUUAACCAUGCCUUCUCUGUGCAGUCCUCAAGUGAAGCUUCAGAGCGGUGCUCAGUGUUCCCAGGAGGUGAUCAAGUUGGUUCUGAUGACCGCAGCUUUGUUAAUGGAGAAGACACCACCAGGAUCUCUGCUGGAGUGAAGGAGAGGGAGAGAACAAAACAAAAAACAAAAGAACCACUAACGAGAUGCAGUUGUGACAUACAAUAGUUGUACUAGACCCUAAGAGGUGGGAUUUAUAUUUUCUUUAGCUUUAAUGCUGGCAAGUAUUAUAGUGCGAUUGCCUGAUUAUCAGGGACUGGAAAAGAAUAUGUACAUUUGGAGGUUGUGUUGGUGCUUCAUUAUUACUUAUUGCACAGUACAAGGGUAGAGAGUUUUUGUUCCUGUUGUAAAGAAGGUAUGAAUUGAAGAAAGAUUGCCCUAAAUUACAGGCAUGAACAAAGCUGGGGUAUCCCCCUUAAUGGCUUUGCUUAUGGGACUAGUGCUGAGUGAAUAAAUUGUGCUAAAACAGCCUCUAAUUUAGACCAAUCUUUCUUACAUUUUUUCCUGCAGACCAUUGCCAGGGUAGGGAAGAUUUAGUGAAGAGAGAGUGGACCUGAACUACAGCAGUCAUAUCUCUAAGCACGGAACUUGUUAUGCCUCAUCUUAUCUGCCCAUAGGACAAUGCAUUUCUCACUGACACACAGUGUUCCAAAAACAGAGUGGAGUUUCUAUGACAGUGUACCACUAUAAAUGUGGCAUAAGUUAGUCUGCUUUGACAUUGUCCUUCAGUGUUAAUAAUGCAAUCUAAAUCAAAUACUGAAUGGUUUUUAGUUGCAAGGACAAUUGAUGGCACUUCUAGGUAAAAGAAAAGUUAUAUACAUGCGUUUCCACCCACCUUUAGUGCAAAUUGAAAUGGGUUAACAGCUCCCUGGUCUGGUGCUAUACUGCUCUCUGCAACGCAGACAUUCCUCAGAGUUGCACAUUUAAAAAGUGUGCACAGGAAACAUAACAGAGUGGGGAUGAAGUGAACCCCUCUAGCACUCACAGUGAAUAGCAUACAAGCAAGUUUGGAGCAGCUUCAGGCAGCCUGAAGCCCAUUGCUCAAAACCAGCAUAAAUUAAAAAAGAAACGUUUUCACUACCUACCUCCUAGUUCUGCAAACACGCUCAAUACGUAAACUGAAACUGAUGCGGGUUGUGUUAAUGCAGAAAGGGAUACUUCAGCUCUUUAUUGGAAAGAUUUGUGAUACAAAUUCCACCACUAAGAUACACGAUAAAAAUACAAAACACAGGUCACAGACGAUCUCAGUAUCAACAGUUAAUAAAUACAAUUAAAUAGUUUUAUAUUAGCCUAAUAUUUUUACAUUGUCACCAGAUAGACAAUCAAAGUACGAGAUACAGAACACUUAGAUACCAUUAGAGGGGGAUUAUUGCUUACGUUAGCAAGCAGCAAAUAAGGGCACAGGAUUCUGAACUGAAGAGAACUACUUCCUAUCACCAGUGGCAUUAAGAGAAAACACUGCAUUUCACAAAGCACUGCUUUUUUGUCUAGUGUGU